AAUAUACAUGAAUUUAAAAAAAUUUCGGAUUGAUAGAAAAAUUAAUUUGUUUAGCGCUAUUUUCGUUCGUAAUUUCAAAUAUUUCGAAAGAAUAAAUAAAUUCAUCACAUGGUUCACUACAAUUUCUCCAUUACUAAUGCUCCCCACCUUCAGUAUCAUAUAUGGUUAUUACUAUGAGUGGUAUACUGUUGCGAACCUCUUCGUUUGCAAGACAUUUGUUCAUUGAGUACAAUCUAAUAUUAUAAUGUGGAAGUGAGAUUUUCAAUAUUUACUAUUGAGUUUGUUGUUGAAAUUGUUUUAAAAUUUGCUUCUCUUAAACGUUAGAUUUCGGUUGGUUUAUGUAGCUUUUGUGUGAACUAUAAAAUAUAUCCCCAUCAAUGAAAUAACCAAACAAUACUUUCAGGUCUUAAUUAUUUCAUAAUGAAUUCAAACAUAAUCUGCAAUGAGAAUAUCAAGAUUUACCAUAAAGAGUUUCAAACUGAUUCAUAUACUCAGCCACACUUACCAUGAUGUGUUUACUGUAAACUGGUUUUUGUUUAAAAAUAAUUCGUGCGUUUUGUGCGGCUAGUGGAAAGAUGUCAAAACAAUCGUUGCUUAAUAGGUGGAGCAUUGUUCUGAUUGUUUUUCUGAACUUGACAACCCAAAUUCAUUCCAAUGAAGAUGAAUAUAGGUGCCCAGAAAGCCCCUUAACCAUACAUCCAUGCAAGUGUACAAAGGUAACGAAUAUUGGGACUACUAUCGAGUGCUUAAACACAAACCUGGCAAGCCUGUCAGUUGCUUUGGCCAAUAUUGCUGAUCAAAAGGUUCCAAUUGAUGCUUUGCACAUCAAGAGAUCUAAUUUCGAUAUAUUGUUUGGAACAGUAUUCCUUAAAUUAAAUGUACAUAAGAUCCUCUUACGUAGCACACCGAUUGAAAAUAUUGAUGAAUAUGUAUUUAAUGGGGCCAACGAAACCUUAACAGAGCUUGAAUUGAUGAACACAUCACUCAAUACCUUCCCGAUAUCGUUCAAGACUCUAGGCAAGCUAAUAUCUCUCAAAUUGGAUAAACAUCAAAUCAAAACCUUAGACUCAAUGGCAUUUGAUGGGCCAAUUAGUCAAACGUUAGAGCGUUUGUAUAUAUCAAACGGUAACCUUACUGAAGUUAGCGUUGAAUUUUUACAGUCACUACGAAAAUUGAAAACUCUUGAUUUACAUGGAAACCAAAUAAAAGAACUCAAAAGGAAUCAGUUUAAAAAUUUACGUGAUUUGGAAAGUCUUGAUAUUAGCUAUAAUGAAAUUACAAAAUUGGAUUCGUCUCAUAUUGCUGACCUGACAAAAUUAAGUUUCUGCAAUAUUUCAUACAAUGCCAUCACUGAAAUUGCGAGGGGUACUUUUGCUCGCAAUUCCGUAUUACGUCUCCUUAACAUGUCUGGUAAUAAAAUCAAGCGCCUGGAUGCCAAUAGUUUUCGAGGCAUGAGAUUUUUAAGACGUUUGUAUUUGAGCGAAAAUUUGAUUAGUGAUGUUGGACGGGGAACAUUUUCAGCUAUAACGCGGAUUGGAACCAUUGAUCUGGCGAGAAAUUUGUUGAAAAAAGUGGAUUACCAAAUGUUUGCUUCAUUGAAUUAUAUUGAGAUCAUUGAUUUGGCGGAGAACCAAAUAGUGGAAAUUCAAAAGCAGUCUUUUAAGGAUUUGUAUUUAACUCAUAUAAAUAUUUCACAUAAUCAUAUUGCGAAAUUCGAGUCGCAGUCAUUCGAGAACUGUGUAAAUAUGACAACGCUUGAUCUAUCGCAUAAUUUCAUUGAAAUGUUUGCAAAAAGAACAUUCGACGAAUUAUCAUACGCUACGGAACUGCUGUUGUCAUUUAACAAAUUGAGAAAUUUUUCUGCGGUAAAGUAACUUUGAAUAAAAAUAUAUAUAAAGUAGUCUAAGUUAGGGUUACCAACUGUACUGACUUUUUCAGUAUCAUACUGAAUUUCCGGCCAUUUUUAAGAGAAUACUGACCAAUACUGAAUAUUGACUAUAGUGGAGUGAAAGAGAGAGAUUCCAUAAAGAACCUCCGAAACGAUUUCGGUAUCAAAAUUAUCCCGAAAGAGGCGCCGCAUGUCCAUAACAACAAAUCAGACUUUAUACAACACAUAUACAGACGAAUCCCCACUCUUUUCACAGUUGCGACCGGUGUGUACUGUGGCUGAAUGCUGUUGCAUCGCUGCUAUUGCGAGUGUAUAUUGGUCAACAACAUACCGUUGGGUUUUGGUUCUCAAUUAUAAGAUUUCAAAUACUUUA